AUGUCUGAAUCAGAUAUUGGCUUCAAGGCUGCCUUCGACGAAGCCCAGAAGGGCCAUGUUGAAGGAGGCAUUCCGAUAGGCGCUGCCUUCGUCAGCGCCGACGGUAAAGUCCUCGGCUCAGGCCACAAUAUGCGCGUACAGGCUGGCAGCGCUACACUUCAUGCCGAAAUAUCUGCCCUCGAAAACGCCGGCCGUCUCCCCGCGUCUCUCUACCAUGGCGCCACCAUGUAUACCACCCUCUCCCCCUGCGACAUGUGCACGGGAGCCUGUGUCAUGUACAAGGUAAAGCGCGUCGUCAUUGGCGAGAAUAAGAAUUUUCUGGGGGGAGAGGAGUAUUUGAAGAGUAAGGGAAUUGAGGUGGUGGUGCUGCAUAAUAAGGAGUUGCAGACACUGAUGAAGAAGUUUAUCAAGGAGCAUCCUGAGGAAUGGUAUGAGGAUAUUGGGGAGGAGAACAAGUGA